UGUGACUUGAGCAUUAGCGAUGGUGGAUCUGUCAACCGUUAUCUACAGCAGCGUCUAGCGUCGCUUAGACAAGCUCCAGCUCCACAGAUUGCGCGCGGAGAAUGUGAGUGGGUAGCUGAGCAUUGGAACCCUCUAGUCGGCUGGCCCGCAUCUGCGCGCGGCGACAUUCUGUCUUUUUCACGAACCUACUUCAUCCUCCUCCAGAUUGACUUCGCGCUUCUCUCCAAACACUCCAGAGUUCCGCGCGAACACACUCAGACAACCAAACCCACGAGCGACGCCUUCGCGACCGCUGCACCCACAUCUCCGCCACCAUGUCAGGCAACUACAUUGACUGGACGAAAACGACAAAGUCCAAGAACUACCAUGGCGCAGGGUCCUUUGCUACAUUCAUGAUCAUUGGCCCGACAUGCUUCUUCCUGGGCAUCCUCUUCGCCUCGUUCCCCUACGACUUCCCCCUCCUCUGGUCCAAGGAGCCCGUGCCCGAGGGCUUCUUUGACCAACUCGAGAGCCACCUGCGCUUCAUGCACCAAUCGCCCCCGCUGAUCGCGCGCAUGCUCAACAUCAUCCUCGCCACCGUCUUCAUCGGCUUCAUCAUCAAGAUGUACCGCCCCUCCGAGGCCAACUUCCUCUUCGACGGCGCCUCGGGCAUCCUGUACCUCAUCGGCGUCGCCGUCUACUCCUCCAACACCAUCAAGGGCCUGCGCGCCGUCAGCGAGGGCGUCUGGGACACGGAGGAGUACAAGGCCACCCGCGAGGGCCGCUACCAGGGCGAGGUCAUCCUCGGCAAGGAGGACAGCCUCCGCGUCCUGGCGGCCAGCAACACCAUCCUGGCCCUGAUCCUGAUCGGUGUCCUGGUGCUCCAGGCUGGUCAGUGGUACGCGGAGAAGAAGGAUCGGGAGGAGGAGCAAGAGCAGCAGCGGCCCCACGAGGGCGCAGAGGACAAGAAGGGCGAGGCGAGCAAGACUGCCAACAAGAAGAAGCAGUGAGAUUGAUCAUGGGAGCGAGGCUGUCGUGGACACGGCAGACUCAUCGAAGAAAAAGUGUACAUCUAGUCGGAGACAGUUAUUCGCCAUCUUGUAGGCGUAUUUGACGCCCCAAUGGAUACAAUUGUGCCUUGGGGUGCGUCUUUUGCUUGCUUAAGCAUGUUGCGCAGAGCUACAGGCUUAGACGCGAAGCCAGCGCAACGUGUCUAUGAAGCCACUUCUGUCAGCCCUCUGAGU